AUGGCGGACACGACGAAGCCAACAGAAGAGGCCGGAUCGCCUGCUGCCGCUGAAGCCUCAUCACCACCUUCUGGCGCUGCUGCCGCGGAAGCCUCAUCACCACCUGCUGGCGCUGCCAAGUCGCCCAAGUCGCCCAAGUCACCCAAUUCACCUCCAGGGACAGCAUCGCCAAGGUCAGGGACGGGCCUCGCUGCUGACAAUGAUGUAAUCGAUGCGGAAGAAGUUGAUAACGACGAUGAAUCCGCACUUGCCGACUCCAUGUAA